AUGGCCUGUUUUAAAAAAUUUGGAAUUAUUCCAAAAAAUAAAUAAAAAGAAAUUGGGUAUAUAAAAAAAAAAAUAAAAAGUGAAGUGAUAAUUUUAAUUGAAAAAAAAAAUUACAAUUGAGUAACAAAACUCUACCGAUUGCUGCACAAUAUCAAGACAUUAAGGCAUAAACGCUUUAGCCAAAUUAUACAGAGGAGCAAAUCCAGUGGCCGUAUUUAUAAAGUGAUUAGCUUUUAGAUUUAGAGGAACACAUUCCUCAGUGUAUUGUGAAAUUUUUUUUAAGGCCGCCGGACUAACUUGUAUAUAGUGGCUAGCAGACACCUCACCAAAAUCCAUAACAUAAAUAAGACCGGAAACAACGGCCACAUCAUCCUCUAAGAAUAAAAUAUCUUGCAUUAAUUGACGAAAUUGUGAAACCUCAUUAAAGGAAAAUUCCCGGGGAUCAAAGGCCCCAUUGCGUACCAGUACAACACGGGGACCCACUUCGUUUAAUGGUUGUGAUUAUGACUUUUGCUGUGAUAUCGAAUACUUUGAAUGUCCUUUAAGUUACUGCAGUCCUCAGUGUGCUCCCUGUGGUGCAAUUCAUGAACCAGUAUGUGCUGUCAAUGUCUUAACUGGUGAAAUGGAAAAUUUUCCCAAUCCCUGUGAAGUAGAACGAAAAAUAUGUUUCAUCCAACAAGAGCAUCGCAUUGUAUCUUCCGGUUUGUGUGCCUCAAAUCCUGCCCCACACUCCCAAUGUCCUCAAGUUUGUACCUUAGAAUAUAAACCAGUAUGUGCUCAAUAUCAAACAGACUUAAAACAGUUCCGCAAUCAAUGUCAAUUAGAUAAAGAGAAAUGUGAGACCAAGAUAGAUUGGCAGUUAGUUGACACUAGCUAUUGUGUAGCUAUUAAGGAUAUCAACGUUUCAAGUCCCUUUAAAUCACCUGCACAAGAUAAUGAUUGCCCUGAGUUUUGUACUCUAGAAUAUCAACCGAUUUGUGCUAGAUUUAUGACUUUGGAAAAGGAAUUCUCUAAUGAAUGUGAACUUAAAACUACCAUAUGUCAAACUAAGCAGAAAUGGGAUAUUAUAAGAAGAGGACCUUGUCAGGAAAGCAAAGCAAAUAUGGCUUUAGAUUUGUUAAAGCCUAAAAACAAGUGUCCCGUGUUUUGCACUUUGGAAUAUGAUCCCAUAUGUGCUAAGUUGGGAAAUGAGUUAAGAGAGUUUGCCAAUAAGUGUGAACUAGAAACUGCCAUUUGCAGAAAUAAGGAGGAUUGGCAAAUUAUUGAGCAAGGCCCCUGCCCAAGCGUUUCAAAUAAUAAAGCUUUAAAGCUAGAACAAAAGCCCAAAUGUCCUCAGUUUUGUACUUUAGAGUACAGACCCAUUUGUGCUCAGUUCGAGCAGGAAUUAAGAGAAUUUGGCAAUAAAUGUGAAUUGGAGACAACCAUUUGUGAAACUGGUCAAGACUGGCAAGUAGUUAAUAAUGGACCCUGCUCUUCAGGCAUAUCGGUGUUUAAUCAAAAAGCUGCUAAACUUUCCCAAGAGACCAGAUGUCCACAAUUUUGUACUUUGGAGUAUAGUCCCAUUUGUGCUCAGUUUAAUAAUGAAUUGAGAGAGUUUUCAAAUAAGUGCGAUUUAGAGAGUACAAUAUGUUUAACUAAGCAAAAAUGGGAAAUUGUUCAUGAGGGCAAUUGUAAUUCAGAGCAGUUAAUUGAACAAUCUAAAUGUCCUCAAGUUUGCACUUUAGAAUAUAGACCCAUCUGUGCUCAGUUUGAAAAUGAUCUAAGAGAAUUCUUUAAUAAUUGUGAUCUCCAAAGGACCAUAUGUGAAACCAAACAAAAAUGGCAAGUAGUAAAACAAGGACCAUGCUUCUCCGAUUCAUCAGCUGAAAUCAAUGAAUGUCCUCAGUUUUGCACUAGAGAAUAUCGGCCUGUUUGUGCUGAAUUUAAGGGAGAAGAAAGAGAAUUUCCAAAUAAAUGUGUGCUACUGAAAGCCAUAUGUGAAAAUAAUAAAAAAUGGGAGUUAGUUAAACACGGGCCUUGUUCUAUGCAAACUCCUAGUUUGAUCCAAGUCUUUCCACCAAAAUGUCCCAAGUUUUGUACUCGAGAGUUUGAUCCUGUUUGCGCUAAGCUCAAUAAUGAACUAAGACAAUUUUCCAAUAGAUGUGUAUUGGAAUCGUGGAAAUGUGAUACCAAUGAAAAAUGGGAAUUUGUUAAUAAGGGUCCAUGUCCCUCGAUCGAAUCAGUUUCGAAUACACCAGUUUUACUAUCUUCAACAAAUAAAUGUCCGAAGUUUUGCACACGAGAGUUUAAUCCUGUAUGCGCUAAACUUAACGAAGAGUUAAAAGAGUUUUCCAAUAAAUGUGAAUUGGAAUUGUGGAAUUGUGAAACAGAUGAAAAAUGGGAACUUGUCAAAAUGGGCCGAUGUUCCGCCACCAUUAAACCAGCUUCAGCUGUACAGUCUUCACCAAAUAAAUGUCCGAAAUUUUGCACACGAGAGUUCGAUCCUGUAUGCGCCAAACUUAACGAGGAGUUAAGAGAAUUCUCCAAUAAAUGCGUAUUGGAGUCAUGGAAAUGUGAAUCAGAUGAAAAAUGGGAGCUUGUCAAUUUGGGUCCAUGUUCCACGAAUAAACCAGUUUCACCAACUUCCUCUAUAAGUUCUAUGAACUUGGCUAAAAAAUUAACACCAACUCCCUUAGUUAGCUGUCCCAAGUUUUGUUCUCGAGAAUAUAAACCAGUAUGUGCUCAGUUCGAGUCUGAAUUAAGAGAAUUUGCCAAUAGAUGUGAAUUGCAAAGAGAAAAUUGUGAAUCAAAUAAACCUUGGGUUUUCGUAAAUUCUGGUCCUUGUUUUGCCAACUCCGAGGAAAAGUUAACACCCACUCCCUUAGUAAGUUGUCCCAAGUUUUGUUCUCGCGAAUAUGAACCAGUAUGUGCUCAGUUCGAGUCUGAAUUAAGAGAAUUUCCCAAUAGAUGUGAAUUGCAAAGAGAAAAUUGUGAAUCAAAUAAACCUUGGAUUUUCGUAAAUUCUGGUCCUUGUUUUUCAAACGUUGACAAAAAGUUAACACUAGCGCCCCUAACACCGCCAUGCCCACAAUUUUGUACUGACAAUUUAAGACCGGUAUGUGCGGAAUUCAAUUCUGAAUUAAGGGAAUUUGGUAAUCGUUGUGAAAUGCAAAUAACCAUAUGUGAAACUAAAAAUAAAUGGAAAAUAGUUAACGAGGGUCCCUGUCCAUCCACAUCUAAAUUAAGAAUUUCAUGUCCCAAAUUUUGCACCAAAGAAUUUAGACCAGUAUGCGCCAGAUUCAAAGGCGAACUAAGAGAGUUUCCCAAUAAAUGUGAAUUCCAGAGAAGUGUGUGUAAAACGAAUAUAGCUUGGGAACUUAUAAACAAUGGGCCCUGUCUUAUUAAGAAUUUUGAAACUGAUAGUAUUGAAUUGCAACCGAUAUGCGCCACUGAUGGAAACAUUAAAAGAAUCUUUGACGAUUCGUCCGUAUUGCAAGAGGAAAUAAGAAAAACUGGUAUUGCUUGGUCAUUGCUUCACAACGAUGAAUGUCUACCCUUAACUCCUCUUGCCAAAGUAGCUAAUAAAGCAUUUUUCUUAGCAACGGAAAGUGCUACUACAAAGCCUACUACAACAUCAACGACACCGAAGACAAGCACCACCACUACUUCGAGAACCACAACUACAACAACUCCCAAGCUGUCAACUACAAGGAAAACUACAACUAUUUUAAAAACAAGUACUACAACACCUAAGACUACAACUGCACCGCGGUCCUCAACCUCAAAAACUACUGCCGCUAAACCUUACCACACAACUACAACGAAAACUAUUACAGCAACUACAACUUCUCCCAAAAGUACAACUGAAACAUAUCGCAAAUAUUCUUCAACUACAGUAAAACCUAAAGCUACUGACUACCCUAGAUAUUCUCCUACAACAGCCUCAACACCACACCAUCAGUGCAGCUAUGAGUACAGUACUGAAGUUGAUAGUGCUGAAAUCGAUGACAGUUCAAAAGGAUACUAUGAUGAGAACUGUGGCUGUAAUAGUGGUGAAGAUUAUUCACAAGAGAAUGAAAAUGAUGAAGAAUAUAUUAGUUGGGAAGAUGAUGAAGAGGAAUAUGAGGAGGAGGAAGAUGAUAUUUCAAAAUCACACGAAGUUGAAGGAUCCUUUACAAUUGAUGAUAAUACUUACACCUACAAACACAAUAAAACAAAUUCCACUUAUACUUUUAUCUAUGGAGAAGAUUCAAUCAAUUCUAAUGGGAAUAAAGCCGACGAGAGAAAAUUAGGAAAUUCCAAUGUUGAAACUAAAAAGAAUUCUUUUGAAGAGAAGAAACAUUCAGAAAGCAAUAACGACAAGACUGGGAACAAGGAAUCCAUAAAGCCAACUUACUCCACAGAGCCCAAAGGAAAGCAGGGAACUUCUAAAAACUACAAUUUAAAAUCAGGACAUACAAACACGGUUAAAAAGAUACCCGGUUCUUUAUCGACCAGUAAUCUAAAAAUUACUUCAAAUAAUAAUGCAAAAUCGGGAAAUGUUAGAACUUCUGAGAAAAAUUUAAAUACUUUUAAGAACAAAGAAAAUCGAGAAGAUUUCAAUGUGCUGGGAGACAAAGAGGGAAAGAAUAUAAUAAAAUUGAUUCAAGAAAGGCUUGAGGAGGAGUUUGGAAGUCCAAAACCCCAUGAUAUGACCAAACAAUCACAAGGAAAGGAAAGAGAUCUUAAUACUAAGCAGCAAGAUCAAAUUAAAGCAAAUCUGGGAAAAACAAAAGCAAAUACUAAAGAACAGGUUUUGAUUAGAACAAAUCCAGGACAAGCGAUCGGACAAAAAGUCCAAAACUUGGCCCACUCUGGACCAACAAACCCUUAUCCAGAUACUGCUUCAUCUAAAGAUGCUAAGGGAAGAUUUCAAGAAAUUUAUGGAAAUCUAGGACAACCCAAUUAUAAUUCAAAUACUGAACAAAGGGAUCAAGUCUUUGCAAGUCCAGAACAACUUAAUCUUAAUUUAAAUACAGAUUUACAUAGAGUUGACCAGGAUCAUGAUGAUGCCUUUAGUUUUAAAGAAAUAUUUGGAAAUCAUCAAGGACAAACAGAUCUUGAGCAAUCAAACAUCGAUUCGAACUCGGCUUUGUUUAGACCGGAAUAUUACGUGGGUCCAAAAGAUAUAGACAACCAUGAAAAUCUACUUGGGAAUUUCCACCACAGUGAUGAAAGUCUGGAAGCGGAUAUAAGUUAUGAAGAAGAUACACCAAAUGAUAAUUUUAAACCAGUUACUGUAAAUGAAAAGGAACCAAAAUUCGGAGUUUAUAGUGAUGAAGCAUAUGGCUUAAUGGAUUCGGCUGAGAUCAGUAAAACUGAUAAAUGGUCUGGACAAAAUCAACUCAAAUCAAAUUUGGCAACUGGAAUAAAUACAAACAAUGACAUUAAUUCGCCUUCGUCUGCCUACAGUUACCAAGACUAUAAGGGCUCCAAACCAAAUGAACAAAUCCCUAAAUAUUCUACUCAAUCUCAAGUGAAUACUACGGAAAACACUGAAAAAAUUUUAGAAGUUUUUGAAGCUCUUUUAUCCGAAAGUGAUGCUGAGGAGGAGGAUGAUGAAACUUUAGUAAAACAAGUGCUAACUACGAUUGGAAGUGAAACUACUGCAGCAUAUCCUUUGUUUGAGGAUGUUGAAAAUCAAUCAAAUUAUACCAAACGAGAGGAAUAUCCUUCAAAGUAUAAUAGUACCAAAAAGGGUGAAAUUUAUAAUGGGGCUGUUUAUAAAGCGCCAGUCUAUGAUGCUCCUACAUACAAUUUUAUAUACACAGCUCCUAACCAUCCCGUUUUACCUUUAUUAUCACCCAACAAUCAUCAUGCCUUCUCUCAUUAUCCUGCCUUUAUGCCACAAUAUACAGAUGCUGCCGCUAAUCCUUAUAAUCCUUUUAUGCCCUUAGUAAAUCAAUCUAAUUUGGGAGCUUUAAUGGAAUCGGCUCCAAAUGUUAAUAAUCCUUUUAAUCCUUUGCAAUAUAUAACUUCCUUAGCAGCUAUGAGUACUCCCUUUGGUUCACCAAUGCCAAACCUAAUGCCCUUACCACAAGCUUCGGAAUAUAACAGCAAUAGUCAAUCACAAAGUCAUAGCAAUCCUUUAAAAAUACAAGAAACUCCUUCUCAGUUCCCUCUAAAUCCCUCUAGUCCUGCAGUUUUUAAUCAAAUACUGCCUCAAACUCAUCCAUCACCUCUCAUGUUUUUACCCCCUCCACCUGAACCAUUUUUAAACUCUUUCUCUCCUUUAAAUAACAUUGCUGCCCAUAUACCAAAAUCAUUACCUUUCAAAGGUAACAGAGAAAAUGACAACAAUCAACCAACUGAAGAGACUGAGGGCAAUCUAUCAGAUGCUGAAGUCGAUAAAUCCGAACUACCUCAAUACCCUCAAUUCCCUUCUCUACCACCAGUUCCUGUUUACAACAACCCAGUUAAUCCCCAAAUGCAUCUACCUUCAACAUUACUUUCCCCUAUGGCCACUAAUGCUUUGCCACACCAUAAUUUUCAGUCUAUGCCUUAUCUUCAUCCUACCGCACCUAUGCCUGGACCUAUGCCUUUAAAUGUCUUUAAUGCCACUCUGUUCAGUCAAAUAGAAGAAAUUUUAAAGACUAUAACAAGUCGUUAUUAAGUUUAGAUUAAAAUCAAUAAUUGUAAAUAUUUAAUUACCAGUUUUGUUAAAUUGUUUUUGUAGGAAUAAUAAAUAUAAUUAAGUUUUUAA